AGAUGGAUUUUGUAGUUUUUUCGGACUUUUCCUCUUAGAAGUCAAGCAAGAUCCGUCGGCUGAGCAGAUAACCCGCACGUUGGAAGGUCUAAAGUUUGCAAUAGGUCAAAACUCAUAAUUCAACUCAAUCUUUAAAAAAAAAAAAAUACAUUUAUAGAAGAGAUAAUUUAUGGUUCGAAUGUUUGGGCCAAAGCCAAUGAUAUUUCUUCUUGGCAAAUGGCUGAUUCAACAAGCAACCAGAGAAGCCUAGGACUAAAAAGCACAUCACCUGCUAGCUAUAUACACUUUGAUGGUGGUGGGCAUUGUUCAACUCUGUCCGGAGUCUCAGUUCAGAUUUGUUCUCUCACUGACAAGAAAAAGUGAAGAGGAAAGGGCGAUGGCGGAAGAGAAAGAAUCAACGUCGAUUCCACUCAGCCAAGCCGAAAAUGGGGGUGUCGAUCCGGAAGAUCCGGUUAAGUCUCCACCCAGCUCCCCCAAUUCCUCGACUCGCAAGGCUUGUUAUUUUGUUCUCCAGAGUUGGGUCUCAAAAAAGUUCAUGACUGGAUGUGUGGUCCUUUUUCCUGUAGCAGUUACAUUUUUCAUUACAUGGUGGUUUAUUCAGUUUGUUGACAGUUUCUUCAGUCCAUUAUAUGAACGACUUGGCAUUGACAUAUUUGGACUGGGAUUUAUCACAUCUCUGCUUUUUGUCCUUUUUAUUGGUGUUUUUGUUUCAUCAUGGAUGGGAGCUGCUGUUUUCUCAGUGGGAGAAUGGGUUAUUAAGCGAAUGCCCUUUGUUAGGCAUAUAUACUCAGCCUUGAAACAAAUAAGUGCUGCUAUAUCUCCAGAUCAAAAUACGACAGCAUUUAAGGAGGUGGCUAUCAUUCGUCACCCACGUGUUGGUGAAUAUGCAUUUGGCUUUAUCACAUCCACUAUCAUCCUUCAGAGAGAAAACGAAGAUGAAGAGCUAUGCAGUGUUUAUGUCCCAACAAACCAUCUAUACAUUGGUGAUAUCUUCCUGGUGAACUCCAAAGAGAUCACAAGGCCAAAUCUCUCCAUCCGAGAAGGCAUAGAGAUCAUUGUUUCCGGAGGUAUGACAAUGCCACAAGUAAUUUCUCCUGAAGAAAGGGUUGCUCAGCAGAGCAAAAGAAUCCCAUUGAACAGAGUGAUGUAGUACAUACAGAAGAGUAACGAUGUAACUUUCAUUCACUGGAGUUGAAGCGUGAAAAUAUUCGUUGACAGCAUGCAAUCUUGGGAUAAGGUUAUUUUAAAGUCAAUCUUGUUAAAAAAAAAUGAUAUAUAUAUAUAUAUAUAUAUAUAUCGCGCGCGUAUAUGGACACAUGUAUGUAUGUGUGACACUAAUAGAGAAAGAGGGAUUAGAAUUAAAAAAUGGAUGAAAAUGAAUAGGGUACAAGGCAGUUGAAGGAGUCACUAUUAUCAUUCUCACAUUU